AUAGUACUUUGGAAGAGGUUAAACCAUUCACUAAUAACCUCACACUUCUUUCUCAGUUCUGAGGAAUCUGGCAGUUUUAGUUUUGCCCACCUCGUCAAUUCCUCUUUGCUCGCAAAAGCCAAGGUAAUUGCAACUCCUUUGACAACAGUAAAACUGAGGCGAGCAUCUAGUAUCACGCUAAUAGGGGUCAGCAACAUGAACACAGUAAAUAGUUUCAGUAUGAGCACAUUCCUGCUUCCAUAUCUCUUCUUCUGCUGGCUAUUCUCAUAUCAAGUCAUAGGCCAUAACCAAGUAGCAUCUAAGACAUGUCUCUAUGGCCUUGACCAUAUGUGCAGUCGGUCUCAAGGCUCCAAAAUCACCGAGAAAUUGCACCCUUGUAACUAUUAUUUCACAACAUCGUCACUGGCUGUAUCUGUGUUAUAUGACCAGUCAGCAAGCAGUAAAUUGUCUAGUAAAGAAAGACCUACGUGA